AUGUCACCGCACCGCAAGCCGGUUCCUUCAAUUCGACCAUNGCUCCUCUUUCCAGGGGGAGAGGGACAGAGUGCUCCCCAGGUCCAGGCCUCCUGUGAGGGACUGCAUCAAAGCAACACCACGGCUCAGGAAGAGGCCUUCUACCAGCAACAUAGAGCCAGCAAUAACAUGGUGUCAGGAACCGAUAUACCAGACAGCUACGGUCACAUGGAGCCCAGCGUGAAGCCCUUCUGGCAACUGGGGGGCGUGGCCUCCAGUUUCAUCAUGCUGAGGGAGUCCAAUGAGAGCACGCUUUACAACAUGGCCCAGGUGGCCAACUUCACACAGCUGGAGACUGAGAAGGACCAGCUGAGGUUCAACUACCAUGUCCUGCUGCAUGAAAUGAUUUCCCAGGAGAUCAUCCACUGGAAGCUGCUAGUCACCUGGUCCCCAGCACAGGGAGUUCAAGUCCUGCAGACUGAGCUGCAGCCAAAGUGCCGCCACUGUGAGGCUCCUCCAAACACCACCAACUGAGAUGCACGGAGAAACACUCCAGAGCCUUACACAAGUACCGCAGAGAAUAAAGCACCUCUUAGGACUUGAAUGAAGGGUAAAGCCACGUUCUACCUGCUUUGAAAAGCUGAGCUUUACUCUUCACACUUGGCUUCAGUAAUUAUGUUUCCCUUCACCACUACUGCUUCAGAGGAGAGGGCACACGUCAAUGUCCUUACUGCAGCUAUGUGAAUGCACUGCUUUUACUGUGUCAGCAUGUGAGACUCUUGGUGAGCUAUAACAAUGUGUUUCAACUUUUUGUUAAUGUACUCUAUUGAUGAGGUGAUGCGGGCCAAUAAAGCCGUCGCGGUACACAAUGUAA